UUUCUCGGCCCGGACACUGGCGUAGUGAGCCAUGGCUGUCUCCGUCGGGAUGCUGCGCCUCUGGAGACUGUGCGCUGGCCCUGGCGGGGUGCCAGGGACGCGCACUGCCCUCUCUCGGGGUUGGCAGGAAGCAAGGUUUCGGGGCGUCCGUCCCCUCAGUAUGUUUGCACCAAGGCUCCAGGCUGCUGGCGCUGAGUGGGAACUGCAGAGGCCGGUUGGGGAAAAGAGCCUUCUCUCUGAUUACAGACACGCAGUCAGAUUCUGUUCCAGAGAGGUGGAAGACAGGGCCGCCCUGCCCAGAGGAGGCCUUAGCUACGUCCAGGGCUGCACCAAAUCUCAUCUGAUCGACAAGACCAUGGGACAGUGCCUGGCUGCCACAGCACAGAGGUUCCCAAACCAGGAGGCCUUGGUCGUCCUCCAUGAGGACAUCAGGUUGACCUUUGCCCAGCUCAAGGAGGAGGUAGACAAAGCUGCCUCUGGGCUCCUGAGUAUCGGCCUUUGCAAGGGUGACCGACUAGGCAUGUGGGGACCAAACUCCUAUAGUUGGGUGCUAAUGCAGCUGGCCACAGCUCAAGCAGGCAUCAUUCUGGUGUCUGUGAAUCCAGCCUACCAGGCCAUGGAGUUGGAGUAUGCCCUCAAGAAGGUGGGCUGCAAAGCCCUCGUGUUCCCCAAGCAAUUCAAGACCCAGCAAUACUACAAUAUCCUGAAGCAGAUCUGUCCAGAAGUGGAGAAGGCCCAGCCAGGGGCCUUGAAGUGUCAGAGGCUCCCAGAUCUGACCACACUCAUCUCAGUGGAUGCCCCUAUGCCAGGGACACUGCUUCUGGAGGAUGUGGUGGCGGCCGGAAACACAGAGCAGAAUCUGGCCCAGCUCCGGUACACCGAGCAGCUCCUGUCCUGCUAUGACCCUGUCAACAUCCAGUUUACCUCGGGGACGACGGGCAACCCCAAGGGGGCCACCCUUUCCCACUACAACGUCGUCAACAACUCCAGCUUGUUAGGCAAGCGCUUGAAACUGAACCUGAAGACACCAGUGACGCCGAGGUUAAUUCUGCCCGUCCCCCUGUACCACUGCAUGGGCUCUGUAGUAGGCACAAUGGUGAGCGUGCUACACGGUGUCCCCCUCAUCCUGCCUUCUCCAAGUUUUAAUGGCAAGCAGACUCUGGAGGCCAUCAGCAAAGAAAGAGGCACCUUCCUGUAUGGCACCCCCACAAUGUACGUGGAUGUUCUGAACCAGCCAGACUUCUCCAGUUAUGACAUCUCAACCAUAAGUGCAGGCAUCAUUGCUGGGUCCCCUGUACCCCCAGACCUGAUCCGACUCAUCAUAAACAAGAUGAACGCAAAGGACCUGGUGUUGCAGGAUGAAGAGGUUGACCAGUGGGGACAGCAGCCCUCGGGGCAGUUCGGUCACCUUGUUGUGGUCCAGGUAGAGAUUGCUUACGGAACCACAGAGAACAGCCCUGUGACCUUCUCGCAGUUUCCCGAGGACACCUUGGAGCAGAAGGAAAACAGUGUGGGCAGAGUCAUGCCUCACACAGAGGCCAAGAUCCUGAACCCGAAGACAGGGGCCAUAACAGAGCUGAACACACCCGGAGAGCUGUACAUCCGAGGGUACUGCGUCAUGCUGGGCUACUGGGGUGAUUCCCAGAAGACUGAGGAAGUGAUUGGACUCGACAAGUGGUAUCGGACAGGAGACACCGCCAUCAUGGAUGAGCAGGGCUGGUGCAAAAUCGUGGGCCGCUUUAAGGAUAUCAUCAUUCGGGGUGGCGAGAAUAUCUACCCUGCAGAAGUGGAGAGCUUCCUUCACACACACCCACAGGUGCAGGAAGCUCAGGUGGUGGGAGUGAAGGACAACUUGAUGGGGGAGGAAAUCUGCGCCUGCAUUCGACUGAAGGAUGGAGAGGAAGCCACGCCAGAGGAGAUCAAGGCUUUCUGCAAAGGGAAGAUCUCCCACUUCAAGAUUCCCCGAUACAUCGUGUUUGUCAACGAGUACCCCCUCACCGUCACAGGAAAGAUCCAGAAAUUCAAGCUUCAAAAACAGAUGGAACAGCAUCUAAACCUGUAAAUGAAGGUCCUGCCUCCCAAGCCCUGCCUGCCCUUCCCCCACAUUCCCCUCCUCUGUCUUUGUGAUUUGACAUAAAGAGCAUUUCUGUUUUCUUUG